AUGCGCACUGCAGUGACGGCUAUCGCCAUGGCGGCCUGGGCGGCUCUGAGCGUCCAGGCUGUGCCGUCGGCCAAGAACUUCAUCUAUAUUGUUCCGGAUGGCUUCGGGCCGGCGUCACAGACCAUGGCGAGGGACUAUGUGUCGCUCAUCCAGAACGGCGAGAACCCGAAACGGCCGGUUGGAUUCCAGCUCCCGGGUGACAAGAUGGUUCUGGGCAACGUGCGGACACAAGCCAGCGACGCCUUGGUUACCGACUCGGCGGCCUCAGGGACUGCGUUUGCCUGCGGCGUCAAGACCUAUAACGCGGGGGUUGCUGGACGUCUAGCUAUCGGUGUCAACGACGCCGUCGAACCUGUCGGUUCGAUCCUGGAGGCGGCGCAUCUCUCAGGCAUGAAGACCGGACUGGUCGUCACCAGCACGAUCAACCACGCCACACCGGCUUCCUACUCUGCGCAUGUUGCUCACAGAGACAUGUAUGCGGAUAUCGCCAAGCAUCAAAUAGGAUACAACCACCCAUUUGGCCCCUUUGUGGACAUUUUGAUGGGCGGUGGUCGGUGCUACUUCAAGCCCCAAGGAGAGAGCGGCUCCUGCAGGCCCGAUGAUGCAGAUCUCUUCGGCUUCGCGCGCGAGAAUGGCUAUCACGUGAUGCAGAACCGCACCGCGUUCGACGCACUCGACAAGGGUCUCGGGAACACGAACCUGCCGUUCAUCGGACUGUUCAACGACGGGCAGAUGAUGUACGAGAUUGACAGGUCGCGCAACCCGACGCAGGAGCCGUCCCUGCUGGAGAUGGCCGAGACAGCCAUCAACGCUCUGGACCGGGCGACGAGCGCAGGCGACAAGGGCUACUUCCUCAUGAUCGAGGCGUCACGCAUUGACCACGCAGGCCACGCCAACGACCCUGCGUCGCACCUGUUCGACAUCAUCAUGUACAACGAGGUGCUCGAGUAUGUGCAAAAGUGGAUCGACGAGCACCCAGACACGAUGCUCAUGUCGGCGGCAGACCAUGAGUGCGGUGGCCUGACGCUGACAGGAUACAACCCUCUGCCGUUGAAGGCAGCCACGGCGUCGACUGAGGAGCUGGUCAAGCGGUACGAUGCAUUUUCCGGCUCCACAGCCGACAAGCGGGCCUUCCUCCAGUCUGAGAUUCUGCCUGCGUACGGCCUCGCCGACGCCACGGAAGCCGAGGUCAACACGCUGAUGUCAGGCAACCUGGGAUCCGAGAUGGGCAACCUGCUCGCGUCGAGGGCGGGUAUCCACUUCUCGUCGAGCGGGCACUCGGCGGUCGACGUCGUCCUGUACGGAUACGCGGCCGGCGACAAGCUGGCCGAGUACAAGGCCAGCAUGACAGGCAACCGCGACAACACGGACUUGCCCAAGUUUGUCGAGCAGGUCCUGGGUGUCGACAUGGCGGCGGCGACCCAGCUGAUCCGCGCCAACGCCACCGAGGGCUGGAUGGGAACGCCACCGGCGAACCUGAAGAGGGACACGCACUCUCAUGGCGACCACCAUUACACGCACCAGAUGCUGCCUCUGUUCCGUUAA